CAUCUUCCACUUUCCCAAAUCAAGAUUGGGGAUUUUAUUAAUUUCCCGAAUAACCCAAAUUCCACCAAGGGUUUCAUCAAUUCCUGCAUUGUUUCAAGAUCCGUCAAGUUUCUGAGUUGCAAUUUGGGUUCAGCCCGAUGUUUACGCCGCAGAGAAAGUCGCCGGCGCUUACGAUAAACCCCCGGGUUGAAACGGGUGGGCCGCCCAGGACGCCGAACCCUCCCACCACAGGCAAGGGAAAGGCGGUUGCUUUCAUCGAUGGCCCUCCUCCGCCGCCGCCGCCAGUGGCGCUGUUGAGUGAUAAUGUGGUGAUGGGCGUGAGGGACAGUGAGAGCGCCGAUGAUUGGAGGAGGUUUAGGGAGGCUGGGUUGCUCGAUGAGGCCUCCUUGGAGAGGCAGGACCGCAAAGCUUUGAUCGAGAAGACUGAAAGGCUCGAAAGAGAACUUUUUGAUUAUCAAUACAAUAUGGGACUCCUGUUAAUUGAAAAAAAGGAGUGGACGUCCAGGUUUGAUGAACUUGAAGAUGAACUUGCAGAAGCCCGAGAAAUUUUGAAGCGCGAGAAGACAGCUCACAUGAUUGCGAUAGGUGAAGUUGAGAAGCGGGAAGAGAAGUUAAGAAAUGCUUUGGGCUAUGAGAAGCAGUGUGUGACAGAUCUUGAGAGGGCUUUACGAGAAACUCAAGCAGAAUAUGAACAGCUGAAGCUUGCAUCUGAAAUAAAACUUGCCGAUGCCAGUGCUCUCAAAGCUGGAAUUCAGGACCAGUCAAUUGAAGUGCGAGAAAAAUUGCACAUGGCUGAUGCCAAGCUUGCAGAAUCUAAUAGGAAAAAUUUGGAGCUGGACAUGAAACUUCACGAGCUCGAGGCCCGUGAAAGUGUCCUUAAGAGAGAGCGCUUAUCCUUUGAUACAGAACGAGAAGCUCAUGAAAUAACUUUUUUCAAGCACAAAGAAGAUUUGCGACAGUGGGAGAUCAAACUCCAAGAAAGGGAAGAGAAACUGUGUGAUGGUCGGAGGUUCCUUAAUGAGAGAGAAGAGAAGAUAAAUGAACUUGAUAGGAUUCUGAAGCAGAAAGAAAAGAAUCUGGAAGAAGAACAGAAAAAGUUAGAUAUAGCCAAGUCAUCCUUGGAAGAAAGAGAUCUUGAUGUAAAAAGUAGACUUGAGAAGAUAAUUGCUAAUGAGCAAGACGCGGAUAAUCUCAAAAAAUACAUGGAGCUGAAGGAGAAUGAGUUGAAUGCUCUUGCAGAGAGGCUAAGCAGGAGAGAAAAGGUUGAGAUUCAAAAGCUUGUUGAUCAACAACGAGAAAGGCUAGAUGCAGAAUUGCAGAAGUUUGAGAUGGAACUGGAAGAAAAAAGAAAACAUUUGGAUGAGGAGUUAAAAACAAAGAGAGAUGACUGGGAGAGAAAGGAGACAGAACUCAGUCACUUGGAGGGUAAAAUUAAGAAACAGGAGCAGGCACUGGACAAGAAGUCAGAAAGAGUUAAAGAGAGAGAGAAGGACAUCGAUAGUAAGUUAAAAUCACUGAAGGAGAAGGAGAAGUCCAUUAUGUCUGAGGAGAAUAGGCUUGAAAUGAUGAAGAAAGAGAUAUCAUCUGAUAAAGAUAGUUUGCUAGCCCUCAAAGAUAAAAUCGAAAAGAUGAAAAGUGAUAUCAAUGAAAAAGAAGUGCAGAUUUGUGAAGAAGCUGAAAAACUCAGAAUUACUGAAGCAGAUAGGGCAGAGCAUCUUCGUCUGCAAGCCGAGCUAAAACAGGCAAUCGAGAAGUGUAGGAUUGAACAGGAAAUGCUUUUGAAGCAAAGUGAAGAACUCAAAGAAGACAAGAAGAAAUUUGAAGAGGAGUGGGAAUUACUAGAUGAGAAAAGAGCUGCUGUGCUUAAGGAUUUGGAUAAUAUCAGGGAAGAGAAGGCAAUGCUUGAAAGAAUACAGCAUGACACAGAAGAACAAAUUAGAAACAAAAAGACAGCUACAGAAGAAUACAUAAAGAGAGAGUUAGAAGCUAUUAAAAUAGAGAAGGAAUCAUUUGCUGCAAUGAUGAAACAAGAGAGGUUAAUGCUAUCUGAAAAAGCGGAUAAUGACUAUAAUCAACUCCUUCAUGGUUUUGAAACUCGAAGAUUAGACCUUGAAACUGAUCUGCGCAACAAGCAAGAGGAAAUGGAGAGGACUUUUCAAGAAAAGAAGAGAGCAUUUGAUGAGGAAAGAGAGAGGGAGUUAAGCCAACUCCAUAGUUUGAAAGAUGCAGCCAAGAAGGAGCUCGAAGAAGUGAGUUUUGAGAGGCUUAGGUUAGAAAAAGAAAAACAAGAAGUCUCUGCAAACAGAAAAAAACUGGAAGAGCAUCAGCUUGAAAUACGCAAGGACAUUGAUGAUCUUGCUAUUCUCAGCAAGAAACUCAAGGGUCAACGAGAACAUUUUGUGAAGGAGAGAUGCCAAUUUCUCACAUUAGUUGAAAGGAUAAAGAAUUGCGAUCAGUGCAGAGAAACGGCACAUAAUUUCACAUUUUCUGAAGUCAAUUUGAUGGAAAUGGAAAACAGCGAGGCUUCUCUUUCUGCUCUGGGAGAUGAAAUUUUGCAAAAGGUUGCUUCAUUUGUAGAAAAGUCUCCAAUUGCGGCUGAGCAAAAACUAUCAGAUUCUGGUGGUCGGGUCUCUUGGCUUCGCAAGUGCACCACAAAAAUUUUUAAGUUGUCCCCUAACAAAACUACUCAAAAUUUGGAGUCAACUUCAUAUGCUGCUGAAGAGAAUCGUUGGCAUGACAGUAGUAUUGACGUAGACAUUAGAGACUCAGAGGGGCCCGGUAGUACUCAUGCCGACAAUAUUUACAAAAAGAGAGACGAUGUUCCUGAAGAGUCACAGCAAUCUGGCCUAAGUAUUCGACACACCCGUGGGAAAAAACCUAAUGGUGGAAUCCGUAGGACCCGCUCUGUGAAGGAAGUGGUUGAAGAUGCUAAAGUAAUUCUAGGUAAUACUUCAGAGUCAAUGCAACCAGAUGAUAAUCAUUCCAGGGAUUUGGUUGAAGUAAGUCGUGCAAACUCUAGUACUGCCACAACACGAAGGAAGAGGACUCGAGGGCAGGGUUCUAAAUUGAGUUCGGCUGAACCAGAUGCUGAUGAGAGCGAGGGACAUUCUGAGAGUGUUACAACGGGUGGUCGAAGGAAGAGGAGUCAAACAACUGCUCCAAGUGGUGUACAUAAUAAUUCACUGGGCACUCGCUACAAUUUGAGAAACAGAAAUCCAGGAACAACGGCUGGUAAAGGAAAAACAGGUGUAGAUGAGCAAAACAAUGGCAACCUUGAGGUCAUAGCAGAGACCACUGAUGCCCCUUCCACCCGUGCACCAGAAAUUGCUGAGCAGAAUGGGCAUCAAACUACUUCUGUCCAAUUCAGCAAUGCUAAAGUCAUUGAAAGGCGAACGGUCUUCUCAAGUGGGGGCCCAAAGACAAAAACACCCGAAGACGAGGAAAGUCUCCCUCCAGAGUUCAAUGAGGAAGACAACAGCACAUUGACCCCAGAGGGUGAAGAAAAUGACAGCGACGAAGAAUCAGAUGACCGCGGUCAGGCAUCAAUUGGUAAAAAGCUUUGGACUUUCUUCACGUCUUGAAUGGUUCGUUUGAUCGUUUUUGUGGGCGUGUUUGAUUUUGAGAGAAAAAAAGAAAAAGAAAAGGUCUCGAAAUCACAACUUCUAUAUCCAUGUACCAUUUGCAUCAUUGUAAGAUUUGCUGUAUUGCACUUUGAUCAAUGGAAUUAUCUUUUCAUCUUUUUUGAUAAAACAGAUUUGAUGUGUAGAAGAAGGGUCUGUUGUAAAUUUUUUGUACUGCAGAUCUUAGUACUAGUAGUCUUUAAUUAUUUAUGCUUUGGGACAAGGGUCCUUAGAUUGUUUGUUCCUUCAUGGUGGGUGGUCUCUUUUUGGUUGUCACUAGAACUGUAAACUUUACUGAAUUAAUUUUCAAUUUGGAU